AUGUGGAUAAUAUGCGAGCAACAAAAAUGGCUAAAAAUGAGAGAAGGAGCAAAUAAAGUUCCUAUUGUAGAUUACCAAAUCGAAGCACAGAUACAAAAGCGAGAGUCUCCAACCGUUAAGCGACAAAAAGACUGCUUUUCUGCGAAGAAGUAUGGUCGCAUUUUAGCGAGAAGUUCUAGCCCUGCACACUUUGGAUUGGAUUAA